UUAGCAGCCUUAAGAAUUGAGAUAUUCCAUGUCCUGAUCUGUUUUGCUGUCUUAUCUUAUGGUUAUGAUCUUAUGUUUCUAAUCUUCUAAUUCCUCCACCCAAGUCCCAACUCUGAAAUUCCGUUGAUGGCGCUCUCAUCAAGAAGCCCUCUUUACUUUAUCUCUUCUUCAACCUAUUCAUCUCCCUAUCUCAACUUAACUCCGCGUUUCUCUCUUAAAUACUUAUAUGAUCUUCCUUCUUCUACAUUAGCCCACCUUAGAAUUCAAUGCACUACCAAAGAUUCACGAUCGACCUCCAUUAACAAUCCUAAAGCUGGUGUUUCUGUUUACAAACCCAAAUCUUUUGAUGUUCUUCUUACUGAUGCCGCCAAUUCUCUCUACUUUGCUCUUCAAGAUGGUAAACUUCGCCUCGAAAUUGAUUUCCCGCCUUUACCCAGCAGUAUAUCUUCCUACAAGGGAUCUUCGGAUGACUUCAUUGAUGCAAAUAUUCAGCUAGCAUUGACUGUUGCCAAGAAACUUCAAGAGAAAAUGCAACUUAGAUCACGCAUUGUGUUUCCUGACAAGCCUGAAAAGCGCAGGGCCUCCCAACUUUUCAAGACUUCCCUUGACUCGAUUGAUGGCAUCACUAUAGGCUCUCUGGAUGAUGUGCCUAGCGGUGCUGUCACCAAUUUUUUUAAAUCUAUAAGAGAUACAUUAGAUUUUGAUUUUGAGGAUGAGAAUGAAGGACGUUGGGAAUCUGAUGAUCCACCUUCACUUUACAUAUUUCUCAAUUGUAGCACACGAGAUCUCUCUCUGAUAGAGAAGUAUGUGGAUAAGUUUGCUCCUUCAACUCCUACUCUCCUAUUUAACCUAGAGCUUGAGACUCUACGUGCUGAUCUGGGGCUUUUCGGCUUCCCACCUAAGGAUCUCCAUUACCAAUUUCUUUCACAAUUCCUUCCAGUCUUUUAUAUUCGAACAAGGGAAUAUUCUAAGACAGUGCCAGUGGCGCCUUACAUCGUGAAUUAUAAUGGAGCUCUAUUUCGCCAAUAUCCGGGGCCUUGGCAGGUGAUGCUUAAGCAAGCUGAUGGUUCUUAUGUUUGUGUGGCAGAAAGUGCUACUCGUUUUACCCUGGGUGAAACCAAGGAAGAAUUGCUUAGGGUUCUCGGGUUGCAAGAGGAAGAAGGAAGCUCCUUGGAAUUCCUUCGUAGAGGAUACAAGACUACCACCUGGUGGGAAGAUGAUGCAGACUUGGAGGCUUCUUCUGAAUGGAGAAAUUAACCAUCAUCAGUGUUUUCAAGGAGUUUCAUCACAUCAUAUGCAUAUUGUUGGUGAAUAAUUUUUGGUUUUGAUUUGAUUUCCUAGCUCUGCUGGAAAUUUCAGGUCUUCUGAGUUUGUUAUAAAGUCUAGGAAUCUCUCUUCUUUGUACUUCCUUUUGAAGUCUCUUAUUUUCUGCUUCAGUUAAUUGUAAUUAACAGUCUGCAAAUCUUGUAUAUUGACUUUUAUUGUAGAGUCUUUACAUUAUACAUUUUUACCUGCGUAAUUAUUAUUCUAUUAUUUUUUAAUCUAUGAGAUGCAACUAUACCAA